GUCUCAGCUGCUUCCCCUGCCUGUUACUCCCUGCCAACAGCCAGGCAUGUUUUGGUCUAGCCUGCCCACUCACCUCCCUGCCUGUCUCCCCUCUCUGUUCUGCAGGCUCUGCGGAGGGAGCGUUUAGGAGAGGACCCACUGCAGAGACCAUCAGGCCGCAAAGCUGCUGUCCACGUGGACUGGAGCUGACAUCACCCGCCCACCCAUCAGGAACCCUGCUGCCAAGUUUGUGCUCCGAGACAUGGCUACUGAUAACAGCAAGGUGGCCGAUGGGCAGAUCUCUACUGAGGUCAGCGAGGCCCCUGUAGCCAGCGACAAGCCCAAAACCUUGGUGGUCAAGGUGCAGAAGAAGGCCGGGGACCUCCCUGACCGGGACACAUGGAAGGGCCGCUUCGACUUCCUCAUGUCCUGUGUGGGCUAUGCCAUUGGCCUGGGCAAUGUGUGGAGAUUCCCUUACCUCUGCGGGAAAAAUGGUGGUGGGGCCUUCCUGAUCCCGUAUUUCCUGACGCUCAUCUUUGCGGGUGUUCCUCUCUUCCUUCUGGAGUGCUCGCUAGGCCAGUACACCUCCAUUGGGGGCCUGGGAGUGUGGAAGCUGGCUCCCAUGUUCAAGGGUGUGGGCCUUGCUGCGGCUGUGCUGUCCUUCUGGCUGAACAUCUACUACAUUGUUAUCAUCUCCUGGGCCAUCUAUUACCUGUACAACUCCUUCACCACGACCCUGCCGUGGAAACAGUGUGACAACCCCUGGAACACUGAUCGCUGCUUCUCCAACUAUAGCCUAGUCAAUACCACCAACAUGACCAGCGCUGUGGUGGAGUUCUGGGAGCGCAACAUGCACCAGAUGACAGACGGACUGGACAAGCCAGGACAGAUCCGCUGGCCGCUAGCCAUCACGCUGGCCAUUGCCUGGGUGCUUGUGUAUUUCUGCAUCUGGAAGGGUGUUGGUUGGACUGGAAAGGUGGUCUACUUCUCUGCCACAUACCCCUACAUCAUGCUCAUCAUCCUGUUCUUCCGUGGAGUGACACUGCCUGGGGCCAAGGAGGGGAUCCUCUUCUACAUCACUCCCAAUUUCCGCAAGCUGUCAGAUUCUGAGGUGUGGCUCGACGCAGCCACCCAGAUCUUCUUCUCCUAUGGGCUGGGCCUGGGGUCCCUGAUCGCUCUUGGAAGCUACAACUCUUUCCACAACAAUGUGUACAGGGACUCCAUCAUCGUUUGCUGCAUCAACUCCUGCACCAGCAUGUUUGCUGGCUUCGUCAUCUUCUCCAUUGUGGGCUUCAUGGCUCAUGUCACCAAGAGAUCCAUCGCCGAUGUGGCAGCCUCAGGCCCUGGGUUGGCAUUUUUGGCAUACCCUGAGGCUGUGACACAGCUGCCCAUCUCUCCUCUCUGGGCUAUCCUCUUUUUCUCCAUGCUGCUGAUGCUGGGCAUCGACAGCCAGUUCUGUACUGUGGAGGGCUUCAUCACUGCCCUGGUGGAUGAGUACCCCAGGCUCCUCCGCAAUCGCCGAGAACUCUUCAUUGCUGCUGUGUGCAUCGUGUCCUACCUAAUUGGCCUCUCUAACAUCACUCAGGGGGGCAUUUAUGUCUUCAAACUUUUUGAUUAUUACUCUGCCAGUGGCAUGAGCCUGCUGUUCCUGGUUUUCUUUGAGUGUGUCUCCAUUUCCUGGUUUUAUGGUGUCAACCGGUUCUACGACAACAUCCAGGAGAUGGUUGGCUCCAGACCUUGCAUCUGGUGGAAGCUGUGCUGGUCCUUUUUCACACCCAUCAUUGUGGCGGGCGUAUUUCUCUUCAGCGCUGUGCAGAUGACACCCCUUACCAUGGGAAGCUACGUUUUCCCCAAGUGGGGCCAGGGCGUGGGCUGGCUCAUGGCCCUGUCCUCCAUGGUGCUCAUCCCCGGGUACAUGGCUUACAUGUUCCUCACCCUAAAGGGCUCUCUGAAGCAGCGCCUCCAGGUCAUGAUUCAGCCCAGUGAAGAUAUCGCACGCCCUGAGAAUGGUCCUGAGCAGCCGCAGGCUGGCAGCUCAGCCAGCAAGGAGGCCUACAUCUAGGGGUGCAGUCCCCUCACCACCCAACACUGGCACCCUGGCCUGACUGUACCCACACACCCCUUGAAGACUGAAGAUGCUCUUUGUCUCCACCUACCUCAAGGGGCGGGUCCAGACACCAUCACCAUGCAGAGAGGGGAGGUGGGGGACAGUCUGCCCCUGGGUGGACCCUACAUGGGCAGCCACCCCUGGGGGCUUUCGCAGAGGCCUGGUGACUUUUCCUUCAGGCCCCACAGCGGGAGCAGGUGGUGGCCUUUGUAGCUGCCACUGUAGCUCAUUUUAAUGCUGCCAGAGAGGGUGACAGCUGAGGCCACACACUCCUGGCUUUUAGUCAUAUUCAGACUGUUGCCCUGUGCCCCAACUGAAGACUGUUAUGCAGACUUUCCUGUCCACUUGGCUCUUAACUGAUCAUGGACCAGGGCUAC